AUGGAGAGUGUUAAUUGGCAUGGUUUUGUAAUUUUUAAAAAUGGAAAAAGGAAUUUGGAAUUGCAAGCAGAUAUCUUUCCAGAAGGGUUUGUUAAAAUACACGAACAUAUUAUUGUAAGCGGAUUUGUGUCAACAUCAACAAUACACUCGGAUCUCAUCCGUUUAUACCUCCACUCUUAUUGCCUUCAAUUUUAUAUAUGGGUUUUCAACCUUGACCCGACUGUUAUUACUUGGAAAUAA